AUGGCUAAUUAUUUGAUAUCUUUUAAUUUACUUAAUAUUUUUUUGUAUUCAGAAUUUGAUUAUUACUCAAAUACAAGUCCACUUAGACAAUAUUCAUUAAGUAACUUGAAAUCUAAAAUAGAUCAAAUCCAAUCUCUUAAAAUGAUAUUACCAAAUACAUACAUACUUGGAAAAUACAAAAAUACUCAUUAUAAAGUUCCUAAAAAUGAUCCUGUAAUAGACUAUUUAUGGAGAUAUAUAGUAAGUUACUAUAAUAAAGAGAAUAUACAAGAAGAAAAUAAAAAAUUAAUAGAAAUACUACAUAAAUAUAAUGGAAAACUAGCUAUUUCACCAUUAUAUGAUAUUUCAAUGGAUUUUUAUGCAGCAAUUUUAAGAUAUAACAAGAGGCUCAUUACUAAACAGCUGGAAGGUUUUAGUAUUCCAUACACUAGUUCUAUUUUGGAUUCAGAUCAAUUUACUUAUUACUUUAUAAGUAACUCACCUAAUUUAAGUCACUUGGUGGAAUUUUUGCUUAAUCCUCAAAUUUUACACUAUAAUUGCGGAGAGGUUUACUAUAAACUUCAAAAAUCUAUCAUAGAUAUGAUUUAUUUGUUAUCACAUGAUGAUAUAUACAAAGAUUCAAUUCUUUCAUAUAUUAUAUAUAAACUAUGGGAAAAUGAGAAUAAUAAUAAUUUGGAAACUAUGACUAGCUAUAUAGAGGAAUAUAAUUCAAAUGAAAUGAAUAAAAAUAAACUCUUUCUUAUGUAUACAAUUUUACUAAGGUUAUUACACGGUUGGCUUAUUAGUAAUUAUGAAUCUAUUACAUAUAAUGAUUGUAUUUUUAUUAUUAAAACUUUAAAAAGAGUUUUAUCAACAUCUUCUUCAGUAGUAACAAGUCAUUAUCUAAAAGAGUAUAACUCAGUAUGUAAAAUGGUUUUAAAGAUUACUUGCAUAAUUAGCCAGAUAAAAGGUGAUAAUAGUAAUUUUUUAGAUGAUUAUAAUAUAAUAAAUGAGCUCAUUAAUAUAUUAAAUACUAAAAUUUACAAAUUUCAGCUGGAUUAUAGUAAUAAAAGAAGUAUGAUAGUGGAGGUUUCCAACACAGAUCACAAUUCAUACAAUACUACAAACAUUUCAUUUAAACCUUUAUAUCAAUGCGAUAUAAUUUCGAGUCUAAUUGUUUUACAUAAUAUUUCAUGUCUAAAAGAUAUGAUAAAAAACUUUAAUUUCAAUAAAAUAGCAGAUCUGAUUCAAGUAAUAUUCUGUCAUAUUAUUGAUAAAUAUUUAGAUGUUAGUACUAUAGAUGAAAGAGAAAAUUUGGAGAAUGUCUCACAAAGAAAGAAUCAAUUAAUGAAAUUAUUAAAUAACAGUGAAAUUGAAUAUAUAUCAAAUAAGUUAAUUCAAAUUUUAAUGGGCGAAGAGCUAAAUGAAAACUGCAUAAUAGCACUUAUUAAAUUCCUAAUAUACAAUGAUAAAGAGAAACAAGUGAAGUGGGAAAAUAUUAAAAUCCUGAUUUCAAAACUAAAUAUUAAAUUACAGAUAUCUAUGAUAAGUUAUUGGGUUCAGAAAAUGUCAAUGAUUAUUGGUACUAAAAAAAAAGUUUCUAUUGAUAUAAAGGAAGCUCAAAAAGAAAUGACAGAAUACUUUGAGACUAUCAAAAAUGAUUUAAAUGGAAUUGUAAAUACUUUAUUAGAAUUAGAUAAAUUUGAAAUUAAAGCAAAUAUUUACAAAUAUUUUGAUAUUCUGCAUAUAUGUGAUAUCCUACUUGCUAGUUGCUUAAAGUUUAUGAAUUGCAGUGAGCUAACUGAAAAAAAGCAAUUAUAUACAGAAUUUUGGAAUAUUUUUGAAUAUUGUAUAACUUUAGCAGGAAGUAUAUGCCCAGUUAUAGCAAAUAAGAAUGAUAUAGAGAGUGGUGGGAUAGCUAUAAUUUCUAAUAAGUACCAGGGAUCAGAAUUGGAUAUAGAAAAUGAAAGACGAAUAAAUCAUAUUGAUAUAAAUGUAAUUAAAUCUUUAACCAAAAAUCUAGAUGUUGCAAUUAAGAAAAUUAAUGAUAAACUUAUUUCAAAUCAAAAGAAUUCAGAUAAUUUUCCCUCUGUAAAAUUUUAUUUUGAGAUAUUGAAAACUAUUCAUAAUCUAAGUAUACUUGAAAGAAAUUUAUGCAAAGUCAACUAUUUAAGUCAGUGCAAUAAUAAAGAGAAAGAUUACAUUGGUUUUUUAUUAGAUGGACUUUAUCCAUUUAAUAUUCCUGAAACAACUCUACAGUAUGACAAAAUUCUAUUUAGUAUCCCAAGAUUACUUAACAUUAAGGAACCAUUUGAUACUUGUAGUGAACAACAUUUUUGUUUGGGUUCAGAUAGAUUUAAUAUUAUUUUUAUUCAUGGAUUAAAUGGAAGUGCAUUCAAAUCUUGGAAAAUCCAAUCUAUUGAAUAUUCAGAAAAUUAUAAUGAAAUUUUUAGGGCCCCAGUAUCUCUGGAAGAUUAUAGUAUAUGGCCGAGGUUACUAUUAGGAUAUCCGUUUAGCUCAAAAAUUGGAAUUUUAGCAUUUGAUUACUCUACUGAAUUAUUCAAUUCUACUUUGUUUUCUCUACCAUCUUCUAGUAAAAAAGUAGACAAAAAUUUAGAAUAUAUAUCAGAAAAUCUAUAUCUAAAGCUAUGCAAGGCAAAUAUAUUAGAACAAAAUGAAUCAGGAAUUGCAGAUAUAAGCAAUUCGAAGAAUCUUAAAAGUGAGUCUAAUAAUCCCUUUCCUAAGAAUAAGAAUAGAAAGAUAAUCUUUAUAUGUCAUUCAAUGGGAGGUUUACUACUUAAAUUAAUGCUUCUAAAUCAUCCAAACAUUAUUAAAUCAACCUAUGCAAUUUUUUUUUUUGGUACUCCUCACUUUGGAUCUGAUGUUGGAUAUAGGAGUCUCUACAUAAUGAAACCUUUUAUUUCACAGUUUACAUUACAACUUUCUUCCCAUCAUAGCCAAAAAUAUUUAUUGGAACUUAAUAAUUUAUUCCAAUCUACAUUAUAUUCUAUACCAAGUGAUGAACGCCCCAAAGUAUUUUCAUUUUCUGAAUAUCUUCCUUCAAAAUUACCCCUAAUUAAUACUAAUAAGGUUGUAGUUCCACCAAAUACUGCUAAUCCUUCUAUUGGUAAUUUCUAUGUUUUGGGUACAAACCAUACAAAUAUUGCGAGGUUGUGUCUUGACAUUAAUGACACUCGUUUAUUAAUUUUAUAUAAACUUUUAUAUGAUAGGGAAAAAUAA